UCAGAGGCACAUUCAGUCAUCGAGACCUCAUGUGCUCAAAUGCCGUGAGUGCUGAGAGAGUGAGAGAGAGAGAGAGAGAGAGAGAGAGAGAGAGAGAGAGAGACGGGAAGGAAGACAGAAAAGGAAAGUAGAAAGAGGAAGGACGGACAGCCUGUCAAACGCCCCAUUGUUGAACAUUUUGUCAUGAGAACAAAACAAACACUCUCUGAAAGGAAUAUUUAUUAGAACUUCAAACGGACUGGUUUUAUGGGUUCAAGAAUUAACCGGUGUUUUUUGUCGCACGUCUGCAAAGACCUCUUUAGAUCGUGAUGGUGGCAAAUAUGAGUGAGUGCAACAAUUUCACAUCUCAGAAAACUACAUACAGCCAAGAAGAGACAGUGGUCCUGGCCGUCGUAAUAGGACUUCUGGUCCUGGCUAUCAUAUUUGGAAAUGUUCUGGUUAUUACUGCAAUCGCACGUUUCCAGCGUCUGCAGACCGUCACCAACUGUUUCAUCAGCAAUCUGGCGUGUGCCGACCUGGUCAUGGGGCUUCUUGUCGUGCCUUUUGCUGCUUGCGAUAUCCUCUUGGACAAGUGGCACUUUGGGAACCCCUUCUGCUAUUUCUGGUUGUCGACAGACGUGAUGUGCGUAACAGCGAGCAUCGAAACGUUGUGCGUCAUAUCCCUAGACCGUUACCUGGCGAUCAUGUGGCCACUGCGCUACCAGGCUCUGCUGACCAAGCGCCGGGCCUGUUGGGUGGUGCUGGCUGUGUGGGUGGUGGCUGGCCUCGUAUCCUUUCCGGUCAUCCACUCGAAAUGGUGGGUGUCGAGCGACCAGCAAGCGCAGGACUGCCUGCAUGACGAGAACUGCUGUGAAUUCACUAUCAGCAUAAUCUAUGCAUGGACCUCAUCCAUCAUCUCCUUCUACUUCCCACUUGUGGUCAUGAUAUUCGUCUACGGCCGAGUCUACCUGGAAGCUCGGCGGCAGCUUCGAAACAUCUACCGCUCGGAAGGUCACAUUCGAACACAAAACCUGGAUGGGAACGAGGCGAGGAGCCGCAGGAGCAGGUUUGGCCUGAAAGACCACAAAGCGUUGAAGACUCUGGGGAUCAUCAUGGGCAUCUUUACACUCUGCUGGCUGCCGUUCUUUGUCCUCAACGUGAAAAUGGCUGAGGUGACACCCAACUGCCAUUUGUUGCUCUUUAAAAUCCUAAAUUGGAUAGGAUACUCCAACUCGGCCUUCAACCCCCUGAUCUACUGUAGGAGUCCGGAGUUCAGGGGCGCCUUCCAAGAAAUUCUGUGCAUGAGAAAGCCUCAAUUUCUGUCUUCAACAAACAAAGCGGAUUACAUCUACAGCGAGCAAAUGACGAAGCAGACAUCUUUUGCAGAGAGCGGAACGGUGGAGCUGACGACUUGCUCUCUGGCUACGACUUCCUCCAACACCAAUGGGAAUUGUAACCGAUCAUUGACCUCCAUGAUAUAGCUAUUUAUCACGUUUAGAAAUCCAAAAGAAUUUUAUUACUGUUCUUUUCUUCCAUAUUCUGUUUUAGUUCAAACCCUCUGAAUCAUCUGGUAAGUGAACAAACGGAAUAUGACACUUACAGCACGGCAGAAGGACUUUUGCUCCAAACGGGUUGUUCUACUUUUAUUAAAAAACCAAACCAUCACCAUGAACUUAAAUAUUUUAGGUACAAUGUAGGACAAAAACUUGACCUUUGGAAUGUGGCUUAAUUUUCACAGCUAUACAUAAGCUACCUCAUGACACUCUCUGGCGCUUGUCUUCACCAUAACCACUUCCAGAAAAGAAAACGCAGGAGCUCCGGAAAUCAGCGUGUGUCGUAUUCUUAAAGAAAAGACUGGAUUUGGUUUAGAUUGUAACAGACACUACACUAUCGUCAAAAGGACAGGAGCUGAUCUGAGACCAGCACUUUUAUUUUAUUAUUAUUAAUUAUUAUUAUUAUUCUGGAAAGACUGACUUGUUACAUUCCAUAAAAGCUAAGUGCGUGUUUUUAAACUAGGAACUUUUUUUUAAUCUUACUGCAAACCCUUGUCUGAAGGCGGAGGAAAUAUGAGCUGCUGACGAAGAGCAACAGGUGGAGGUUUCUGGCUCCAUGCGCUAUAACCAGCUGCACUUGUGAAAAGGAAAAAAAAAAAAAAAGAAUAGUAAAAGUGCCCGGUCUGAGUUCUUCAACCUUCCCCUAUUAACAUUUCAGCUUGAUCCCUUUCAGCAAUAAACAACAGUCUGGUAUUUAAACCUAACACGUUUGUUUCGACGGAAGUGGGCGAGGACGUGGUCGAGGACGUAGAACGUGAUGUCGAUGCCGAUUACUUUCCAUAAUAAUUAACCAGAACAUUUGUGUCCGAACGCUCGAGUGCACUUCACGUAAGACGCCUCGGGCCGAGGAUCUCGUAUCGCAUUAAUCCUUUCAGAUACACGUGCACGACAAAGCUUACUGUUCGUGUUAGCGUCUGCUCUGCGUUUGUGUGCAAUGUUUACAGAGAUUCUUGAGCAAACUGUCCAAAAGGACAAGAAAAAAAAAAUCUCCUGAUAUGGUUCCAAAUGUCACUUUGGAUUAGAAAACUUUGGUCUUUUUGUUUACAGAGUUAGCAAAGAGAAAUUAGCGUAAAAGCCGGUAGGAUCUGGCUCUAAUGCAGGAAGGUGCGCUGCUCCGGUUCUCCUGUUAAACAUAUUGUUAUAACGUGAUUGUACAAGACCAGCAGCGUGGUUUUCUUGACAUGGCCAGGGCUUCCUUCCUGUAGGUGUGUGUGUGUGCGUGUGUGUGUGUGUGUGUGUGCGUUCGGCUUUUUCUGUUUGACGAGGUUCUAUAGCACAAAUAAACGGUACUGUAUUUAUAAGACUUGGAAAAUGAAGGGGUUUUUAGCAUUAAAAAGGAUUGCACACUGUAUAUAGGAUGGACAUGACGUACGGACAAGGAUGCUAAUUUGUGCUAUAGAUGUUAUAUUACAUAUCAGAGAACCGGCGUUUUUGUGUCAUUCCACCUGAAAAUGCUCUUAAUUCACAAAACUUUACUUAUUUCCACUGCACUGCAAAAUGCUCUGUCUGGCUCUGUGUGUGUGUUCGGUGUAUUUUGUUUUCUAUUGUUGUUUGUUUUUUUGUCUGCUUUUAUUUUAUACGUCGAGCCACGUGUUUAGCCAAAUGUAAAAUGUGAAGAAUUAAAUGUGGUGGUUUGUAACUCA